AGAUUCUCCCUCAGUAGUGAAUACAGUGCCACAGAAUCAUCUUCACCACAGCAGAGGAGCACUCACCUGAACUAAGCAGAGCAGUAUGGGAACAUCAUCCAGUUUACUGGAUGAAAACAAAUCCAACUACAUAAAAGGGCAAGUGGACGAAAAAUUUAAGGAGUUUGCACCGAUUUAUAGGAAACAAUAUUCUUUGGCUUACCUGUCCCAGAUCCGAGAUGAACUUGAACAACGCAAAGAGGAGCACACACAGCUUCUUAAACAACGGGCCUCUCCAGAGCCUGGAAAGGUGUUGUAUGAAGAGAAUGUGCAGUGCUUUGAUGACAGCAGGAAGUGGAAGGACAGAUAUAUAGUAAUCCGUGCCAAUUACGUCCUGGAAUGCUAUGAGAGCUACAAGAGGUUUUUGAAAGGCUCACCUCCACUAUACAGACUGAUGCCUACAGGAGGCACCAUUCUGACUACAGAAGAAAAAUACAUGGAAAUGAUUAACCAGUGCUGCCCUUGCACUAACAAUGUCCAGGAAGAUUUUGCACCCACUGUGGCAGACAGGUCAGAGCAGUUCCCAGUUUAUCUUAGACUUCCAUACCGCAGGGAUUUCUAUUUCUGUUUCCGAGAUGAAAACUUUCAAGUUGAAUUCAUCUCCAUCUUAUCUGACUGUGUCCGCCACCAGAACAAAGAUUUUCUCAAGAAGAAGACAUGUGAGGUUAAGGCUUUCCUCAAAGCCAUUCAGCUCUACAGGCAAGAGAAAGGCCAGUAUGAAUCAUGGGAUAUGCUCAUAGGCAGUGAUGUGCGGGGUCUUGCUAAUCUGUUCAUGGAGGACUCCAUGCCCUUUCUAGAGAAAGAAUUGGAGCCAUGUUUGAAAAGCAAGAGGGCAGACAAGAGGAGAUUGUGGUUUGCGACGGUUGAAGCCACUUAUUUCCUGCUGCAAGAGCAUCUAUUUGAAAGGAUGAAAACACUGAAGUGGGAGUGCCAAGAGAUGGUGAAAGGACAGGACAUGCUCAUGCGCUCUGAUAUGGACCAGAUCACCAGCUCAAGAGCUUUCCUGGAGGGCAAACUCAGAGCCAUAGUAACUGAGCCAGCAACGAAAUACUGCACAGAGCAGGUGCAGCCGUUCCUGCCAGCCAUCUUGGAGGAAGUGAUGGGACCCAUAAGCCUGGGCUUCACAGAGGCCCGGGACUUGAGCGAGGGCAUGAUGGAGCAGCUGUGUCAGGACUUCCAGGACGCUGACCAGAGGGAGGAGCUCCGACAGGUGAGAACAAAAAUGAGCAAGGCUAAUUUACAGAGCUGUUAUGAGAAAGUGAAUGUAUUGGCUGAUCACGUCCAAGAGCUACAGCAAACCUUCAACUAUUGCAUUAAAAGUCUGUUGGACAGCACAAAGACAGACUUAAAACAGCUGAUGGAGAAUACAGAGUACACCUUUGAGCUGCUUGUGCGAAGGGCUCUGGAGGAUCCAUCGGUCAGUCUUUCAGUGGUUAUGCAAAAUGCUUCAAACAGAGUUCUGAAGCAAUUUGAUUAUGACAGCAGCACAGUGAGGAAGAGGAUCUUGCAGGAGGCUUUGAUCAACAUCACUCUACCCAGCAUCAAGAAGCACCUGGCCCCAUCCUUCAAAGAGGAACUACCCAAAUUUGAGCAAUACAUAUUUGCUGAUUAUACAAACUUCAUUCAUGUGGAAAACGUGUAUGAGGAUAUUAUCCAGGAGAUACUGGAAAAAGACGUCAGCAUGGUGGUCAAGGAGGCAGCCAGCAAGAAGAAAUUCAACUUGUUCUCAGAGAGCAGAAACAAUUUCAGUGUGUCCAGCUUAUCCUUCACACCCCCAGGAUCCGCACCCAGCAGCCCAGGAUACUUAAAUACCUCCCCAAGACUGCGCACACCCAUGCCGCCCUCCCCGCUCCUGGACAAUGCCCUGACAGCAAACCAAUCUGUGACUCUUCACUCGUCAGAAAGCAGUGCACUGAACCAAGCUCUGCCUAUCAUGGGAAAAAUCGAUGAAGGAGAAAACAAAACACUCUUAGAGGAGAGCAGUGAUGAUGUAUUUGUCACUGUUGAAACAUCAACCUUGGAUACAUCAGCUGAGACUAAACCAGAACUCACCACAAAUGCCAUGGAAGCUUUGGUCAAUUCCACUCCCAUUAUUACGGUAACAGAAGCUGUAGAAAGUGCUGGUAGCAGCAAUUUACCAACAGGAGGUGAUGCAACUUCUUCAGACUUUGCUAAUAAACCCACAGUAGUAAUCAACCAAACCCAAACCUCUGGCUCUAAUGAUGAGCCUGCUGAAACCGAGGACAACAGCGAGGAAAUGACAGAAGAUUCGUCAAACGAUCCAGUCCGGAUUAAGGCACCAAUACAUGAAGAAAGCACAUAUCCGAUCGCAGUUUGUUUAUCUAUUCAAGAUGCAGAGGAUGGAGAUAUCUACAAAGAGUUCACAGGCAAACAAAUCAUGGAUCUUUCAGAAAAAGCCUCAGAAUCCCAGUCUCUACCAAACCUAGAGGAUGAGCCCAGGCCCCUGGACUGUGUGAAGGAGAUCCGGGACCUGGUAGUAGAAGUUAUUGAAAUAGAGGACGUAGUUCAGCCCACUAAAGACAAUGGAGAAAAAGUUCAAGUUCAAAUGUUCGAGGAACAAGAGGCUGUAGUUUAAGUUUCAAGGACCAUGUCGGGUCAGGAUUUAAAACUUGUUCACCGUUUCAUUUUUUUGUGUUAGGAGACAAAUUGUACAUUGAUGAAGUUGGUUUCAUCAUUGCUCAGAAGGUAAUUAUAGUUUACUGUAGAUAUAUUUGUAUAUAUACACACCACUAUUCAAAUGUUUGGGGUCAGUAAGAUUUUUUUUUUAAAUAAAUUAAUAUUUUAUAUUGAUGAAAACUGACACUAAUAACAGUAUUAAUGUACAAAAAAAUAUAUAUAUUUCUAUUAAAUGCUGUUCUUUUCAACUUUGUAUUCAUCAAAAUAUCUUAAAGUAUCACAACUCCCACUAUAAUAUAUGCAGAACACCUAUACAAUUACAUUAUAAAAUAUAUUAAAAUAGAAAACUAUUAUUUUAAACUGUAAUAUUUCAGAAUAUUAACAUUAAAAAAA